GGUCGCGGUGUGAGAGGCCGGGGGCUCUUGCAGGCAAUAUGGGUGUGAUUGUGCCCUGUUAUCCCUCGAGGGCCUUUCUUGGUCGAGUUCUUUCCGCGAGCUGCCUCUCCGCUUGGGUUCGCGUCUGUGUGACAGUGCCUCCAGCCCCAUGAGGCAAUUGAGUAAGCAGCAGGCUUCCCCGUGACGACCAGCCCGGUGACACCGCAACCAAAAUGCGCUCGUGCUGCCCGGGGAUUUCAACGUGGUGCUGCUGCUGGUGAUCCCGGAAGAUCUUCCUCUUCGCCGAACCCAGGGGCUGAUGCAUCCCCCUUCCCUGCUCCAGUGCCCGACUCCUGCAUCCCAGGAUCCUUUCCCCGCCGCUGGGAAUGAGGGGGUCUCCUGCCCGUCGGCUCUCGGCCUCGCUCACUGCAGGAGGGGUUUCGCGCUGGCGAUCGGCGGCUGAGCGGCGUGCUGCUCGCUAUGGCUGGCUGGUUUAGACGGCUCCUGCACAAGCCCAAGCCCGGCUCGGUGGAGAGCAGCCUCAAUGCCAGCCGCUCUGCUUCAUCCUCGCCUUCCUCCUCCUCAUCCUCUGCCAAGAGCUCCGGCUCCUCUCCCGCCGUGAGCCUGGCCAGGUCCGUCCGCCCGUCACCCGUGUCGAUGUUGGACAUCAACGCCUCGGGCAGCGCCCGGUGGGCCAAGAGCUACGACGUCUGCAUCUGCCACAGCGAGGUGGACCUGGAGCUGGUGGAGGAGCUGGUGUCCUACCUGGAGGGUCAACCCGAAAGCUUCCGUUGCUUCCUCCAGCUGCGGGAUGCGACGCCGGGAAGCGCGGUGGUGACGGAGCUGUGCGACGCUGUGCAAAACAGCCACUGCUGGGUCAUGCUCAUCACCCCCGGCUUCCUCCGGGACCCUUGGUGCAAGUACCAGAUGCACCAGGCGCUGGCCGAAGCUCCGAUGGCCAACGGGCGCACCAUCCCGGUGUUGAAGGACGUGGAUCGGAAGGAUUAUCCCAAGGAGCUGCGAAACCUCUACUACAUCUACAUGGCGCUGAAGGAGAACAGCUUCAGGCAGAUCAGAGACACCGUCAUGCGCUACCUCCAGGAGUUGUGCCGGAGCUCCGCGAGCAGGACGGAGUAGUGCCUGGAGCAGGCAGAGGCGUCCCCGUGGGCGUUGCGGAGCUGCUGCUGCCGGUGGAUCUGGAUAUGGCCGCAUCCCCACCGACCUUGGGGGCAAAGCUGUGCUGCUUGGACCGGACUUGGGAGCCAAAGAUGGGGAGAUCCCCGCACCCGUGGCGGGGGACAGCGGCGUGGAGCCUGCCACAUCCCGGUGAUGCUACCACCGGACCCGGUGGCCCAAAAACCCCCCUCGGUGGGGACAGGGACAUCCUCCUCUAGCAGGUCCUCGCUGCUCAUCACGCAAACACUAAGCUCUGAUGUCCUGGGGUGGGGGACGGGUCUUCAUCUUCAAAGUUUCUCAUGGCGGUGUCCCCCGCCCCGGGGCGAGGACUGAUCCUGGGG